CUGAGGCUGCGCGCUGUGCGAGGAGGGUCCGGGCCGGGCGCGGGUGGGCUUGUCUUCUUUCCUUUCCUUUUCUUCCUUUCCUUUGCUGUCCACACCCCUACGCUCUCGCUGCCGACCCAGCCCAUAGCGCCCUUCCCCAGCUCCCCGCCUCCGUUGCUUUGGCCUUAGGGGAGCAGCGGGAGCUCGAGCUCUGAAGGGCGCCGGGGCUCGAGGCGGUGGCGGAGGCGGCGUCCGCGGAGGCGGCGCGGGCGGGGCCGGGCGGGGCCGGGCCGGCAGAAGGUAGAGCACUUUAGUCCGAGGCUGUGCAGGCCGCUAGGCGAGCGAGUCGGACCCGGGGCUCCGGAGGUAGACGGAGAGGAGGAGGAGGAGGAACAGCAACAGCUGCAGCAGCAGCAGCAGCAGCAGCAGCAGCAGCAGCAGCAGCAGCAGCGGAAGAGAUGAAGAAAAAGAAUCAGAGAGGUUGAAAGAUUGACUCAGGGACACAUAGCUGAUAAGGAAACAGGCUCAGAGAGGUUAAAAGAGUAACCCAAAGACACAUAGCUGAUGAGUCGCCUGGUAUGGAGAACGGUGGCAGCCCAUGGGGUCCGGCCUUGGUGUUUUCGAUGUUGGGCUUCUGGUUCCUCUGUUAGCCAACAGUCCUGUGAAGAGGUGGCAUCUUCCGUGGGAGUUGGAGAGAAGUGCCAAAGGAGAGAGAAUGCGUUGCAUAUUCAGAUGCUGUCUAGAGGGCUUCAUGAGCAGAUCUUUAGGCAGCCAGAGGUGCAGCCUUCUGAAGAAGCCAUACAGCAGAGUGUAGAACAUCUGCAGAAGCACGGGCUGUGGGGCCAGGAGACUUCUGUUCUUCCUGAUGUAGAACUGCAGUUGCCUCAUCUUUAUGGGGAAGACUUGGACCAGCACUUCCGCAUCCUAGCCCAGAAGCAAAGCCUGCCCUACCUGGAGGCUGCUCAUGAGCUGCUCCAGGCCAGAUUGCCUCCCCUACCCAACGAGUGGGCCUGGAAGGAAGGCUGGACCAGAUAUGAGCCUGAUGGGAAGGCACAACACGUGGAAUUCCCCGAGGAUCGUGCCCUGGUAUUUGAUGUGGAGGUUUGCGUGUCAGAGGGCAAUUGCCCCACCUUGGCAGUGGCUGUAUCAUCAACUUCUUGGUAUUCGUGGUGUAGCCGAAGGCUUUUAGAGGAACGCUACUCCUGGGCCAGACAGCUGUGUCUGUCUGACCUUAUUCCUUUGGAGACGCCUACCAGUGUUAGUGGUCCAGCCAAGCAGGAUUGGUUGGAGCGUUUGAUUGUAGGGCACAACGUUUGCUUUGAUCGGGCCUACAUAAAGGAGCAGUACUUGAUUCAGGGUUCUCGGAUGCGCUUCUUGGACACUUUGAGUAUGCACAUGGCCAUCUCUGGCCUGAGUAGCUUCCAGCGCAGCCUUUGGAUGGCAGCCAAGCAGGGGAAGCAGAAAGGCCAUCAGCAGGUCCAGAAGCAUAUUAAGAAAACCCAAAGUCAAGUCAAAGGUCCAUUGAUCUGUGCCUGGGAUUGGCUGGACAUCAGUAGCAUCAACAACCUAGCAGAUGUGCACAGUCUGUAUGUUGGGGGACCACCUUUGGAGAAGGAAGCCAGGGAACUCUUUGUCAAGGGGACCAUGAAGGACAUCAGGAAAAACUUCCAGGAUCUGAUGCAGUACUGUGCUUUGGAUGUGCGGGCCACCUAUGAGGUUUUUCAGGAACAGUUGCCACUCUUCAUGGAGAGGUGCCCUCACCCUGUGACACUGGCUGGAAUGCUGGAGAUGGGGGUGUCUUAUCUUCCUGUCAACCAGAACUGGGAUCGCUACCUAGUGGAGGCUCAGACUACUUAUGAGGAGUUGCAAAGGGAAAUGAAGAAGUCUCUGAUGGACCUUGCCAAUGAUGCCUGUCAAUUAGUGUCUGGGGACAGGUACAAAGAUAACCCCUGGCUUUGGGACCUGGAAUGGGACCUACAGGAAUUUAAGUUGAAGAAGAAGAAGAUUCGGAAGAAAGAUCAGAAUAUAUCCUGCAGGUCUUCAACUGAGGCUGAAAAAUCUUCAGAGACGGAAGAACAAGAAGAUCCUGGCCCUCCUAGUGAAGAAGAAGAGCUGCAGAGUGAUUCUGCCAUCCGAGCUCGAAUGGAGGAGUUGAAAGAGACGGUAUCAUUGUUACCCAAGAGGACUCAACACUUGCCAGGACAUCCAGGGUGGUAUCGGAAGCUCUGCCCUCGGCUGAAUGAUUCUGCCUGGGUGCCAGGGCCCAGCCUUAUUAGCCUACAGAUGAGAGUGACUCCAAAGCUCAUGAUGUUAACAUGGGAUGGCUUCCCUGUACACUACUCAGAGCAGCACGGCUGGGGUUAUUUGGUACCUGGGCGUUGGGAUAACCUGUCAGUAGGUUCCUCAGAGACAGAUGUUGCUGGCUGUCCCUACAGAGCUAUUGAAGCCCUCUAUCAGAAAUACUGCAGGGAGACGGGGAAGGAGCAACCUGUGCUGAUGGCCCAGCAGUUGCCAGAGGAGUUCAUGCUCACUGACAGCACAGUGUGGCAAACGGUGGAGGAGCUGAGCCACUUGGAACCUGAUGCUGAUUUUGAAAACGGUAGAGCAACACAGGAGGAGACUAAUGGUUUGCAGCUUAGUCAGCCAACCUAUCACCAUGGCAAUGGACCUUACAAUGAUGUGAAUAUUCCUGGCUGCUGGUUUUUCAAGCUGCCACACAAGGAUGGCAAUAAUUGUAAUGUGGGAAGCCCCUUUGCCAAGGAUUUCCUGCCAAAGAUGGAGGAUGGUACACUGCAGGCUGGUCCAGGUGGUGCCAGUGGCCCGAGGGCUCUCGAAAUCAACAAGAUGGUCUCCUUCUGGAGGAAUGCUCACAAGCGCAUCAGUUCCCAGAUGGUCGUGUGGCUGCAGAAAGGAGAGCUGCCAAGAACAGUGAUUAGGCACUCAGCUUAUGAUGAGGAGGGCUGCUAUGGAGCCAUUCUGCCACAGGUGGUGACUGCUGGCACCAUCACUCGAAGAGCAGUGGAGCCCACCUGGCUCACAGCCAGCAAUGCCAGGGUGGACCGGGUAGGUAGUGAGCUGAAAGCCAUGGUGCAGGCCCCGCCUGGCUAUGUUCUGGUUGGGGCUGACGUGGAUUCCCAGGAGCUGUGGAUUGCUGCUGUGCUUGGAGAUGCCCACUUUGCUGGAAUUCAUGGCUGUACUGCUUUUGGUUGGAUGACCCUUCAGGGAAAGAAGAGCAGUGGUACUGACUUGCACAGUAAGACAGCAUCUACGGUAGGCAUCAGUCGAGAGCAUGCCAAGAUCUUUAACUAUGGCCGUAUUUAUGGGGCUGGUCAGCCCUUUGCUGAGCGUCUGCUGAUGCAGUUCAACCACCGCCUGACACCACAGCAAGCCAAAGAAAAGGCUCAGCAGAUGUAUGCUGUUACCAAAGGUCUCCGCCAGUACCAACUGUCAAAGGAUGGCGAGUGGCUGGUGAAGGAACUCGGGAUUCAACUGGACAGCACAGAAGAUGGUUGGGUCUCUCUUCACGACCUACGGAAGAUCCAGAAAGAAGCCUCCAAGAUAUCUCGUAGGAGAAAGUGGGAUUUGGUAGCUGAUCGAGUCUGGGCAGGAGGGACAGAGUCAGAGAUGUUCAACAAAUUGGAGAGCAUUGCCAUGUCAGAUGCCCCUAGAACCCCUGUGCUGGACUGCCAAAUUUCCCGUGCUCUGGAGCCUGCAGUUGUCAGAGGGGAGUUUGUGACCAGCCGAGUGAACUGGGUGGUACAGAGUUCAGCUGUGGAUUACCUGCAUCUGAUGCUUGUGGCCAUGAAAUGGUUAUUUGAAGAAUUUGACAUCAAUGGCCGUUUCUGUAUUAGCAUUCAUGAUGAGGUUCGCUACCUGGUUCAAGAGAAAGAUCGCUACCGUGCAGCCCUUGCCUUGCAGAUCACAAACCUUCUGACAAGAUGCAUGUUUGCCUAUAAAUUGGGUCUUAAUGACCUGCCCCAGUCUGUGGCCUUUUUCAGUGCAGUUGACAUUGACCAGUGCUUAAGGAAAGAAGUGACAAUGGAUUGUAAAACACCUUCCAACCCAACUGGACUAGAAAGGAGAUAUGGAAUCCCCCCAGAUCUUUCAGUUCCUUCUCAUGGAGGAUGGAGUGCUGGACCUGUAUUCAGGAAGAUCUGAAUUCAAAUUCAGCUUCAGACACUUAAUAGAUUUGUGACUGUGGAUCAGAAAAGACUCUUGGCUCCCAAGCUUCCGAAACACCACAGUACCUGGUCUAGAUCUCCAAGCUGUCCAUGGAUAUCUUGGGACAGGUCACGAAGGAGGCUAACAGGACUCUUGCACAGGACAUGGAGGCUGAAG